AUGCAGCUCACACACCUCGCCGCCGCCGGGCUCAUCCCAGGCCUAGCAUGUGCGCUCUCCCGCCGCGCUGUUGAGUGCUCCUUCACCACAAGUGCUGCCAAGGGUGAUACCUGCGAGAGCUUUGCCAGCACUUGGGGACUGUCCGUCGACGGUCUCCAGCAGCUGAACCCCGGUAUCACCUGCCCGGGUCUUGAUACGAGCAAGUUGUACUGCGUGAUCGGCACCGUCACUGACGAUGGCCCGGGCACCACGCUCACGACGACAACGUCCACCACCACCAGGACCACUACCACCACCUCGUCCGCUCCGACCAACUCCCCCACCAUGCCGGGCAUCGCAGACAAUUGCGAUGGCUUCUACAAGAUCUCCUCCGGCGACCAGUGUGACACGAUCGCCAAGGCGCACGGUAUCAGCACGGCUCAGCUCAAGAGCUGGAACAGUGAGAUUAAUGAUAGCUGCUCAAACCUCUGGCUGGACUACUACAUCUGUGUCCACGUCCCCGGCGCUACCACCACCGCCCCCGGAGCCCCCGAGCCAACCGAAGACCCGGGCUCUGGUCCAUCCCCCCAACUGCCCGGCAUCGUCGACAACUGCGACGAGUUCUAUAAGGUCUCGUCCGGCGACACGUGCGACAGCAUUACCAAAGCCCACGGUAUUUCCACGACACAGUUUAAGAGCUGGAAUACCGGGAUCGAUGAUAACUGCACAAACCUCUGGCUGGACUACUAUGUCUGCGUUCACGUCCCCGGCGCAACGACCACGUCGCCGGGAGCGCCCGCGCCCACCGAGGACCCCUCGGGCCCGACGCCCCAGUUGCCCGGGAUUGUCGAUAACUGCAAGUCCUUCCACCUAGUCGAGAGUGGGGACAGCUGCUGGUCUAUCUACACCGAGGCGGGGAUUACGCUUGCGCAGCUGCGGGAGUGGAACACGGGGCUUGAUGCCGCGUGCAGUAACUUGUGGUUGGGCUACUAUGUCUGUGUUGGUGUUUGA